UUGGCUUUUCUUCCCUGAUGUACGGUCGGUGUAAAUUAGUACAGUAUCACCCUCGCCAUUCACUCGCGGGCAAUCCUGCCCUAAGGACAUCCCCGCGUGGGCACACAGCUGGGCCAGAGACUAUGCAGGCAUCCGAGUGUCACGCUUUAGAUCAGGGGCGAGAUACUGACACGGAGAUCCAAUGAAGUAGUGGUCGACCAAAGCAUCUAUCUAGUCAAGGAGCCCUUGUGUGUCCCGGAGGAGUCGGAGAAGCACCUCUUUCUCUGGACUCAGAACCGACACGCCAGAUGGAGCAUCCGAGUUACCAUCGUGAUCUGCUCCAUGAUUUAUUAAAAGUGAUGCGAUCGCUGGACGAGUCGCAUGCCCAAGGCCUAUUCGAUCUGCUGCGGGCGGAUUCGUCCGUAGAACAACUUCGGUCUUACAUUGACAAGACCUUGAGUGAAGUCCAAGUCUCCGAUCACGAUGGCGAGGCCAUCAGUAGGCUCGAACGCCUCCGGGAAACGGUGGAUGUGUCCAGUGGAGCACCGCCAUCUCGGCCCACGGUGAUGGAUCUUAACUACUUAUGUGACAUUACACCCUUCCGCGUUCCAGCCAAACCGUGGACGACGGUGACGAACGAUGACAAUCUGGUGUCUCAUCUAGUGUCCUUGUAUUUUACGUGGGACUAUCCCUUCUAUGCGUUCGUUGACCAGAAAGCAUUCAUUCGCCAUAUGACCCUCGGAAACGUCGACUCCGACCUUUGUAGCCCGUUCCUCGUCAACGCUGUUCUUGCAAACGCAUGCUAUUAUUCGCAAUACUCCGAAGCGUAUGUCGUGCCGGGAGAUGUCGCCAGCCAAGGACGCAAUUUCCUGGCCGAGGCGGAACGAUAUCUCCCAAGCCAUCAGCUAGAAAAGAAUGGCGGGGUCCGGCUAGCGUCAUUGCAAGGGGCGUUACUCUUAUAUGAAAGAUACGCCAUGUCGGGAGAGGAUGAUCUCGGCUAUACCAUGCUCAAUUUGGCGAUCGAGAUGGCGGAGGCACUUGGCAUCAUCAACCGGGAGCCGCUCGAUCUCCGCAAAUUGCAACUGUCCGACGAAAUGAUCGCCUCCGUGAAGCGAACGGCGUGGGGUGUCUUCCAGGUCGACACGGUGGUCCAUACCAACUUUUUGAAGCCCAGCCGGGUCUCCAGCGUCAGUCUCGACCGGAUCGACCCGAACGAGACCGGUGCCGGCGACCUCUGGGUCCCGUAUCCGACCGACAAAAGACCCCGACAGUCAUGGCUCAGUCAAUAUUUCGAUGAAGCCUGCAAGCUCUCGUAUCUCGCCCGUGAUAUCUCCCGUCACCUCUACCAUGAGACCACCACCCGGGCGGACCAAUAUCGACAGAAACAAGAGUUCUACAAUAAGCUCCGCCAGUGGGAGCAUGCCCUCCCAGACAAGUUCCGGACGGGCAAGAGAUCACCGCCGCAUAUCCUCCUGCUAAGAAUGCGGUAUCAUGUACUCCUUAUUGGCCUGGCGCGGGAUGGCUUCGGCGUCCAAUCAUUUUUUCUCGGGUCCGAGGAGCAACGACGGACCGUGGACGAAUCUGCCCACGCGAUCAGCCUCACAUCCGCUCGCGAGAUUUCGGCCCUCGCACGGAUUCAUCGUGAGGAAUACGGGAUGGAGCGCGCUCAUCAGUUCGCUACCUAUGCCAUGAUGCUUGCGCUCUUCACCAUGCUCGAUGACCCUUCCUUUGACGUCCUCGGCCACGACUUCCUCUCGCUCACGAGUGCCUUCUCCAUCACGGCCAAUCGGUCCCAAGUGGGCCGCCAUCUGUUCCACAUGUUCCGCCAGUCCGUCCGAUCGCGACACCAAGAGGAGCGGAUCCUGCAGUCGGACGCGGUCUCCGACGAGGUGAAGGAGCUGUUUCGACGCCACUCGUCGUCCCAGUUGCCGGAUGGGUGGGGCAACUAUGCCGACGGGCUCGAACGAUAUCGGGGAAGCUUCUCGAGCGAGUCAUGGAACUACACGGCCUCGGGGGUCCGUGACAUGCUCGAAAAGUAUGAGCGUCUGAGUCUGGGGCACGGCGACCUUGUCCACUCGCGUCGGCCGUCCUCGCCGAACGCCGGGUGGGAGUCGUGAUCGACUUAUCUCAUGCCACUGGCGUCGUCCCCCUCUCCUUGGUCCGUUCUUCAUCCGUAGUUGAUGUAUCAGCCCUCCAUGAUCUG